AUGUCAGAACUACAGACUCGUCUUGAUCUUUUAAAAACAUCCAGUGUUUCGUCGGAUUGUUUGAAGCUGUUCCCUGUCGGAAAGAAGAAAACUCAACGUGUUGCAGUGGGAGAUAAUGAUGGAUCACUACAAGCUUUUUCAGUUAAAAAGGGAGCUGUAAAUACUACCUUUAAAACCAUUAAUCAAAACAAACCAGUGAGAGGAGUUCAGAUCCACAAGAACAGAGUGUUCUAUUCCUACGGACAAGUUGUAAAAGGAGUCACAAAAAAAGGAAAAGAAUUCUAUCGAUUGGAUAGCAACAUUUCUGAAGAUGCAACAAGAAUGGUAAUUCGAGUUCCCGGUCUUUGGAUGGGAGGAAAUUAUAUUUUGUAUCAUUAUGUUGAUUCCGUUGAAAAAGGAUUCUACAUGUGUCCUGAUCGAAUCAACACCAUCAUUCCUUAUUUUGAUUGUAAAGAUGCUGUCAAUGAUCAAGCAAUUUUGGGAUGCCAAGAUAGAAAACUACGCGUUGUAUGUAACACCGAUUGUGUAGCUCAAUAUGCUACUGAAGGCGCUGUCACUUCCUUACUUCUCAAUGAGGAAUCAAAUUCUUUAAUUUAUGGAACGGAGACUGGUCAAGUAAUUUCCCUAGAUUUUAAUUCUACGAACCCUUCUGCUUCAUGGAGGAUUGAAGGAGAAAAGGGAUCUGUGAAUGAAAUGUGUAAAUACGAUAUUAAUGGUGAUGGCAAAGAAGAAUUAAUUGUUGCACGUAAUGAUGGAACUUUGGAGGUUUAUUCGUUUAUUAAUCCAUCUCAGCCAACCAGAUUGUUGAAGAAAACGAUUGAUGAAAGCAUUACUUGUGUCACAGCAGGAAAAAUAAUUGCACCUGAGGACGACGAAAUAUUAGUUUCAACCUUCAGUGGCAGAUUAUUAGCCUUCUCGAAUCAUCAAUACACCACCACGAAUGAAUCUUCGAAUCUUAACUUACCCUUCAAUAUUAUUGAUGAUAAGAAAAAGAUUGUUGGAAUUUCUAAAAGUCAAAGAAUUACUAACCUUCAAAAAGAAUUAGAAUCUCUUGAUGAAAAAUUAACAAAAGUGAAACAGAAUUACUCUAAACUUUCCUCUGAAAUUGUUGCUGUCCAUUGCGAAUAUGAAACCAAAGCUUCCUUCAUUUUGGAUGCGAAAGAUGCGUAUUAUCGCCUCAAUGUCGAGUCCGACGUUCACAUGGAAAUGAUCAUUAUUCGUUCUGAAAUUGCUCUUGAUUUAUUAGAUUCUUCUGGAGAUAACAAUGUUGUUGUUAGUAAUAUCGUACCAGAUGAGAAAAAGGAUUUAUCCACCAAGUUCAGUGCUACCUUUAGAUUCACAGACAAUUGUAAACGAAUUGAGGUGCUUUUCAGAACCUAUGAAGGAAAAUAUGGACCUAUUGAGAUUUACGUAAUUCCAAAAUUACAUCCCAAGAUUUCAAAAUUCCACAUGUUCAAUGUAAAGCCACUCUCUUUACAUGAACGACUCGAUGAACAGAGAGCCAAGUCAUUUAUUGGUAACAGACCUCUCAACAAGUUAAUUGUUUCCGGUUCUUUUACAUUAUCGGAAGUUCACUCAUGGAUUGGAUUAUGUGUUGAAGGUAUUCCAGACAAAAUCACCGAAGAUGAAAUGACCUAUUAUUACCACUCGACCUUCCAAGAUACAUGCUUAAUCAUCAAGUUAAAGAGAGGAGAAGCUGUCAUUGAAACUGAUAAUAUUACAGCUAUAUCAGUGGUUGAAGAAGUUAUUACCAAAGCAGCCACUGAAAGAAAGACCAAAGUCAACAUUAGUUUCGAAAUUAAUGACGCUUCUUUCGAGUACACCAUUUCUCUCCUUUAUCCAAAGCUUGAAUACCAACUCAAUUUGAGUGAAAAGAUUAAAUUCAUCGACGCUCUCAAAGAAAUUCAAAUUCAAGAAGAAGAUUUAUCAUUCUUGUCCUCAGAAUAUAAAAGCAUACUCGACGACAGUGAUGUUCUUUUAGAGGAUGCAAAAUAUCAGACGAAGAGGCUUGACUUUUUAAAUGAAAUUCUCAUAAGAAUGUUUAUGGAUUGUCUUAAAUUUAAAAGGAAAAACGCUCAGCAGUAUCUUCCAUCGUUUAAGCAAUUGCUUGAAAGUAGAAACUACAAUAGGGAUGCUCUCUCAAAUUGCUUCAAGUUUUAA